UUGGAAAAAUUGUAUUUUCUGGAUGAAAUUUAUCGUGUGUCAGGUGGGGGCACAUUGAUUUUGUCCUGGCACCGUGCAGUUUUUCUGUAGAAAAAUGGGGAAGAUCCUGUCUCUGUCCUCAUGCUCCCGAGUACACAUUUGCAGAUGAUCAUCGUGUCGUGGUGAAGGCCGUGAUAAGGGUGUCGUUCAGGGUGUAGGCGACAACAUCCCCCCAGGAGCGCCUCCACAGCCCGGCCCUGGACCUCCUGUGCCUCUAGGGUCAGGCGGGCCGAGGCGCCUGCCCGGAGGGGUCCUGGACAGCCCUGGUGCACGCCUCGGAAGCCUUGCCCCGAGAUCGAGGAGGAUGAAAUGUCUCUUUCAUUUCAGUGCUACCAGGGACUUUGUUUUGGGGACCAGGGUGCUUUGACUUCCUGACCUUUCAUCCUGCUUUGCUGGUAGGUGUAGGGUUCAGCCAGCCCAAAGGGAGGCGUCCUCCCGGGUCAGAGAGGUGGGUCCGUCCAGGUGGCCCACACCACGGUGUGUGUCCUGAGCCAGAAGAGCCAAGCCAGGCCCUGACUUGAUGCUUAGCGGGAAGCGGAUGGGGCUGGACGGGCAGGGGGAGGCACCCGUCGGAGCGCCCGAGUAGAACCGUGGGGACGCAGAACUCAGUGGAAGCCCGUGUCGCCCACCCACGCAGGGGUCCCAGAGCCGAGUGCCGAGCUCUGGUAAAGAUGUCUCUGUGGGGGCAGGGAUGCAGCCCGGGCACAGAGGAGAAAGCCUGUGGCCCUCCGUGGGCCUUCGUCCAGCGCCUGUGGCAGCAGAGGCCGGUGUUCUCGGGAGCUGGGCGAGCUCGUGUUCUGUGCCUGGCGUGGCGUUUGUGCACUUGCUGAACCCGCGAUGUCCACUGGCGGCGAGCAGGUUCUGUCUAGAGGGGACCAGCCUGGUCCUGGCAUCCCCCCGGCCAGGGGAGGAUGGACAUGGUGUGGGCCUCGGAGCCUCUGCGGUGAGUGGGACCAGUGCGUGCAGCGCGGCCAGGCCCUGGCUGGCGGGUGCUGUGGGGACUCUCACUGAUCACGGGAGAGCUCAGGUCAGGCCGCCUCCCCCACAUUCAUGUCCUCAGGAGGGCUGUGUGAGAGGGGCCCCCUCCUUUGGCCCCCCCCACCCUGCACCCUCUCCGGUCACAGCAUGCAGGCGGGCAGCACACCCCGCCUGCCCGCUCCACAUCCCCGAGAGCAGUUUGUGCCACGGGUCACGGCCGGGCCCGCGAUGCGCUCUGGGGGCUGCACGACUCCCCGGCUGUCCCACGCCGUCUGCAGAGCUCGGUGUUGCUCUGCUCGUCGCUCUUGCCAGCCCUCACAGGGUCCCCGGAACAUUACAGUCCACUCCACGCGUGACCAGUGGAGGUUGAAGGCCGGGGGCGGGUGUUGGAGGUGUUGGAGGAGGGGAACAAGCUAGCGUGGGUCCCUGGCUAGGCUUGUCAGCGGCUCCGUCACCGACUAAGCGCGGGGGUCCGGCUGCACACCGGUGUCGCUGUGCACGCGUGGGCUAGGGCCUUCCCUCCGUGUCUCCUCCAGCUGAAGAAAGAGGAAAGCUGAGGUUCUGCUCGGCCCGGUGGGGCUUCCCAGGGCGGGGAGGAGAGGGGAGCCGUGCUGGGCACGAGGCACUGGCUACAGACGGAGAAGAGACCGCAGGCGUCCGUUUGGAAGGCUUUUAUACACGUCUCUGGAGACCUUGGACGUGAGGGCGUCUGGGUGCCCCCGGAGGAUGUGUGCGAGCUCGGGCCAGUCUGCUGUAACCACGGGGCUUCGGACCACCUCCUGGAUCUGGGCGGCGACAGUGGCGGGUGUGUCCAGACCUGCAUCCGGAGGGAAUGGUGGGCCCUGCGAGUGUCGGGGGCCAGGGGGAUCCUUUGGGGAUCUGGGGAAAGGGCUGUCCUGAGAGUCGGCAAGGCGAAGGCAGACCGCGCCUUCUAUUCGUCUCUUGAAAUGUCAGAUCACCUCCUGGUGUACCCGCCGCUGUGAAAACGUCCGGAGGUGGUCACAAGCGCCGCUGCUCUCACAGAGCCGCUGGGAAGCUGUGGCUGCCGCUGCCUUGCUGGGCUGCGGCCCGACACCGCCAGAGGCCCGUGGGGGUGGCUGUGUGGUCCGCGCCGCCCAGGCCGGCCUGCUCCGGGCCCGGUCCCUGCCUUCCCGUGAAUCACUGAAGCUGGUAGCAAGCUGUGUCUGUGGGGUGAGGAGCAAGUCUCACUGUGGCCCUUUGUGCGACAGCGGCGGCAGCUAGCCCGGCUUCGAGCCCCCCGGGAAGCGGCCCCAGCCAGCAGAGCUCAGCACCAUGGUCCCCGGGCACCUCGGGCCCGCCUGGCGUUGCUGGCCACGCCGCGGGCUCUCGUGCUGCGGAGCUCUGAGCCGUGUGACCGCUCCGGUGCCUGACUUGGCGCCUUCGGCCUCACCCCUGCAGGCCCCCUGUAGCCUGUGAGCUCCGCACGCUCGCUGUGAGACGGAGAGACCCCGCCACGAUGCCGCGCGCUCCGUGUACCUAAACAGUCUGAGCUCCGUGGAGAAAGGUAUGACGUAAACUAAAGUGUAGCAUCUUUAAUAGAAGAGUUUGUGUCUUUUCUUGCCACACAACUUGCUUCACGUUUUUGCAGGCUGACGAGAGAGAGCCCAGCAUUAAGUUUUGCUGUCGGAGGAGAACAGCCCUCCCAGCUGCCUUCGUGGUCAGCCGCACGGAGCGUAGGGCUCUUUGUGCCACACGGCAGGUCGUGGAGCGACGCUGAGUGCCUGGGGGUCCGCGAGACCCUCUCAGCGUGGACUUUGAUGACGGUCUUUUGGCAAUGGCAUUAACGUGACACAAAGUGACCUACUCCAGUGAUCCGUGAACCGCCUUCUCUCCGGCGGCGCGCUCCCCUCCGACCGACACCAGAGCGCGGGCCCCCGGGCCGGUCUCCCAGCGGCUGGGCUUCCCACCAUCUUAUAGGCGCUGGGCGGUGGUCAAGGACUUUCCCUCCAACGGGCGAGGACUCCGCCUCGGGCUGAAGACACAGCCGGCCCUCCCAGGGCCUCUCCCCGCCCCCGAGAUGAAAACCGGUGCCGGAGGGGGGCGGCGGGCAGAGUCCGGCCGCUCCCGCCCCGCGCUGUCCGGGCUCCGUGUCUGGUCGCACGCAACAGUCGGUCGUGACACCGCCGGGCGCUCGGCUCCUCCUGCUGCUGCCGCGUCCGGCUCGGCCCGGGCCAGGCUGUGCCCGCGCUCGCGGGGGUCGGGCGGCUCACGGCUGCCCCGCCCGCCCAUCGAUCCGGGCGGCGGGCGCCCCGGCCGGGAAGCGAGGACGGAGGGGUGCUUCGGCGGACCGGCCCCGGGUGGGCGCGGCGGCACGUGAACGAGCCGGGAUGCCGCGGCCCGACGCAGGUGGGUGCGGCGGGAGCACGCGGCGCGGGGCCCGGCCACCCGCGGGGGCGCCCCGGGUCCCCGCGCUGCGCUGACCGAGAGCCGCCCGUCUCCUUCCAGGGCGCCGAUGACCCGCCGGCUCGGCCGCACCAUGCCUUUCCCGCCCACGUCGCCGCGGGCGCCUGCCCCGACCCCGGGGGUCCCGGCCGCGCGAGCCCCGCCCCGGAGGCCCGGCGCCCCCCGCAGGCCCGUGGCGUCCCCCGGAGCCCCGCCCGCGCCCUCGCCGCCCGCCGCCGCCGCGGAGAGGAGGCCCCCGGAGCGGCCCGAGGGGCUGCUGUCCGGCUCCUGGCCCUCGACCACCCUGAAGAGGCCGCCGGCCCGGCGCGCCCCCGGCCCCGCCCCUCCGCGCGCCCCGGCCGGGCCCCGGCGCCCCGGCCCCGGCCCCAGCCCCGCGGGAGCCGCAGGGCCCGCCGCCGCCGUGCGCGUCUCGCUCAGUCUGACCCCCGAGGCCGUGCUGCUGCUCCAGCGGCGCCACCUGGACAAGCAGCUGCUGGCGCGGCCCUGCCGGCCGCUGCCCUCGCCCUCGGCCGCCGCCGGCCGCCCGCUCGGUCCCUGCCCCUGCCCCUGCGCCCGGCCCGCGGGCCCCGGCCGCCGCCGGCCGCCCCCCGGCCGCCUGCAGCCCCCCGGCCCGCGGCCCGCGCUGCCCGUGUCGCUGCUGAGGCGGCACAAGUACGACGACGUGGAGUACGAGGAGGAGGUCCCGGGGCCGGACGAGGGCCUGGUCCGCAAGUGCACGGAGUGGCUGCGCGGCGUGGAGAAGGCGGCCGCCGCGCGCCACCGCUCGGGGCCCCUGGACACGCUGCCGCACCUGAGCACGCUGUGAGCCGGGGACGGGGCCGCGCCCGGAGCCACGGACACCGCCGGCGCCCGCAAGCCGGGCCUUCCCGGCCCCGCCGCCUCCCGGCCCCCGCGAGCACGACCAGCAUCCCCGGCGCCCACAGCCGACUUCGUGGACUCGCCGCUCCCCGCGGCGCCCUGGUGGGGCCCGCGCGGCCUGGUCUGCCCCGCGCAGCUCACCUCCUGGCUCCUGGGAUCCCGAAGCGCCAGCGUGAGGCACGGGCUCGCCAGACCUCCCCAGCCCCCUCCGCCGUCCUCCAGUCCAGGCUCUCCCCACCCUCAGCCGGGACAGCCCCCCUUUCCCUCUCCUGCACCCAUGGCUCUCCCCGAGCUUGCCUUCUGCAGCAUUCCGGCCUCCCCCUCGUUCCUCCAAAUGCCCUGUGGCUCAGCUGGUAGGGGAUAAGCCACACGGGAAAUGCCUCUGGUCCCCCACCCCUAAGACUCCUGUAUGUCCCAGAGAUCCUCUGGCUGGGCCCCGGUCUGUCACUUUCUGCUGGUGCCGGCGCUGGGUGCCCCAGUCAGAGGAGCCGGUGUCCGCGGCAGGAGCGCGCACAGAUGGUGGCCGUCUGCUGCAGAACCGGAUUUAAGAUUUUGCUGCAUUUAUGCUUUUGUUUCUCCAAAGUGGAAAACAUGUCCCGGGUCGGGAAAGCUUGGAAACUCAAGUUAACCUAACUUUCCAACUGGGAAGGGGAAGGGUAGGAAGCUGGCAGCGACCCCACCGGGUGAGCGGGGCUGGAAUGGGAAGGGCUCUGCCCGCACAGAGGUCGCAUCCAGGCCCCUGUCCUGCCCUCAGUGCAAGCCUGUGCACCCUUGCCCACUUGUUCACACGCACGCUCACGCACCCACGCCUGUAACGCUCACUUGUGAACUCCCACAGUUUCGCUCACCCUCACCACCUCACGCUGGACUACUCACACGGCCUCGCACUCAGGGCUCUCACACUCAGUGCGCACACACACGCACGCACACACAUGUGUCUCCAGAGGCACAGCAGCAGGGACAGCGUGUAAAGGCCCAAGAUGUGAGCAGGAGCUGGGCUCAGCUUCUGCUCUGACUCAUCGUUUUUACUUGAAGUGCUGCUCAGAGUGGCUCCGCACAAAGAAUGGCCAAGCCCAGGGAGCGGGGGACGGGCAAAGCGCCGGGUGCCGGCCUAGAACGGAAUGUUCCGGGUCAGAGAAGCAAUUUACUGAGGGGAGGAAGUGGGAGCUGGUGGCUGGGGCGUGGGGUACUUGUGUAUGUUUCCAGUACUUUUAAUCACUGUGUAAAAAUCAGUAAUGCGGACGUAUAGCGGUGUAGAGUGAUCUAAAAAAGUUUCUAUUUAUUAUUUGAAUAAAGGGUAAAACUUUAUUUAGGAGCCGGCCGUAGCCUUCCCCGCUAACUCCAGGCUGGUUUCUCGACAUUUCCUCCACGCGUCAUCAUCAGAUAAGGCUGGUCACCGAAGAGGAACCUGUUACCUCCACUCCGACUUAUUUUGUAAAAGUUAAUAAGUGGCUGGUGUUUAUCUCGUUGGACUUUAAUGUGCCAAGUCUUAAUGACAUCUUGUAUCGAAGCCUUACAUUUUUAAAAACCUAAUUUUAUAUUUUUCUUGUGAUGUUUGCUCUAGUCUCUCUGUCUCUCUGCACCAGUCUAGUCAAACGUGGAGCAUUUAGUUCCGCGAGACGAGGUCGGCCCCACACGCCUCCCACUGACUAGCUCGUGUUGCCUGACUCCGCUUGAAUGCCAAGAGCUCGGCUGUCCUUUAUUUAAGAUGAAUGUGUUAGUACACCGGGGGGGGGGGUGCACAGGGGGCACUCUGGCCUGGGUGACGCGAUGUGUCCCGUGGACACUGUGUCGGAGACGGGGCACUGGCUGAGGACAGUGCCCACAGGCUCGGAGUGAGGUCAGGGCGCACAGGGCCCUCGCUGGCUCUGGGGGUGCUCAGUGCAGAGACCAGUCUGGGGGUGCUCAGUGCAGAGACCUGAGCCUUCCGCUCCUUGCAGUAACACUGUAAGGACUGUCCCAAAGUAAUCAACUUUUGUAAACAUUUUUCCGCGUCUGCCCGUGUGUGUGUGUGUGUGUGUGUGUGUGUGUGGCCUGGAUCCUGUUGCCGUCACAGCACACUGUGGCUCCGUGUGUCCCUGUUACUUCUUUGUCUCCUGCCCUCUCCCCCCUCCUCCUCUGGGUCCCCAUCUCCACCUCUCAACUGGCUGCUGUGGGACACUGAACUUUCUCCCCGUGGCACCCGUUGAAGUGUUUUUUGUGCCUCCUUCUUCACUGUCCGCGCAGAUGAGUGGGACGUUUAUGGUUCUCUGUUUGACGACCCUCAGUAGGAACAAAGGUUCUACACGCAACCCACGACAUCUCUUCGUGACCUUACUGACAUUUUGAGAAGUUGUCUGAGUCCCUGUGCUGCACUUUCUUGAUGUUCAAAUAAAAGAGAAAUUCAAUGCCUUGUGUUUUCUUUCUGAGGAACAUCUUUAAAACUGGUCAGGAAGAGAUUCCUGCGGUGUUCGGAGCUGGAGUGAGGUGGUCUCCCCUGGUUGCCGCUCCGCCUCCUGGGGU